AUGUUUGGCUCGUUGAUGCACUAUGCGUUUGACGCAAUGCUAAUCAGCGCCUUCCUCGCAGGGGUCAAGAGAACAACAGGCCUGACCCCCGCUCUGUCACAAGUCCCUAACAAGGAUAUCAGACAAUUGCUGAAGUCAUACCUGGAGCUCGGAGAAUAUCUCUUUGAUUUUGCCGUUGUGAUCAUGGGGGUGAGUGUCAUUCGUCCGACGCCAAGUUAA